AUGGAGGAGGCCACGGCCCAGGCUCUCACCCCAGAGGAGGAGAUCCUCAGCCAAAUCCUGCCAGCUCCCAAAGUCCAACCUGCCCUGGAGGUGUGCAGUGAUGUCAUCCAAGUGCAGAGGUCUGAGCUGACACCUCCCACGAAGCACCAGGAAGCUCCUAGUGAUGUGAAGAAGAGCAUUCCAGGUGGAAAGUGCCAAGGUGUGCCUCUUGUUCCCCAAGGAGCAGAUGCUGCGGGGGGCGAAGGGGCUGCUCGUGUCCGUGGGGGCAGUGGCGGGUGUCCACAACAGGAUAUCAACCAGAAUCCCAGGCUCUUACCCAACAUCACCCUGGGCUACAGCAUCCAUGAGAACUUUUUAAAUGAAAGGGUGACGUACGAUGCUUUGCUAGACCUGCUGUCUGCUGGGGAGGUGAACGUUCCAAACUACAGCUCUUCAUCCUUUUCUAAGAAACCCCAGUUUUACAAUUCUUCAAUGGCCGGAGUGUAUUUGGAUGAGAACGGGGAACCCACAGCUGACUUGGACAUUGUGAACUGGGUGGUGUUUCCCAAUAGGUCCAUCCUCAGGGUGAAGUUUGGGAGAUUAUACAGACAGGGAUCCCCACACCUACAGCUCACCAUCGACCAGGAGGCCAUUGUGUGGCCCAAGUGGCUCAACCAGGAUUCCUCCCUCAAGGCCGGGCCCCACACCACUCCUACGCCUUUCCCUGGGGUACCCGGGGUGCCAAACUGCCAAGAGGAGUUUCUGGGCGUGGUCCACUGGAUGUGGGUCACACCCUCUGCUGCACUCACGGAAGAUGACACGAAUGACAACAGAGCCGAAGGAAAGAGCACAAAUGAGGGACGUCCCUUUCCCGCCCCGCCUCUCCGCAAGAAAUGCGGGGUGGAAGCGCGGAGCCUCUCUCUUAGUGCCCUCUCUUCGUGCGCAGUGAUGUUGGCGACCGGGGUUGCGCGGGGGAAGCCUCGAAACAAAGGAUACAUCUGGAGGAUCAAGGCUGAGGGAGAACCAUCUGAAGUAUCACUGGAAAAAGCUGAGGAGCAGCUGCAGGAGCAGAAAAUGAGGAGUCAGGAUGGAGCAAAGAGACAAGAGGAGAGACAGACUCACACAGGGGACAAACCUCAUAAAUGCUUGGAGUGUGGAAAGAGCUUCAGGUGGAGUAACACCUUUACACGACAUCAAAGAACUCACACAGGGGACAAACCUUAUAAGUGCUUGGAGUGUGGAAAGUGGUUCAGUCAGCGUAGCCACCUUAUUGUGCAUCAAAGAUGUCACACAGGGGACAAACCUUAUAAAUGCUUGGAGUGUGGAAAGAGCUUCAGGUGGAGUAACACCUUUACACAACAUCAAAGAACUCACACAGGGGACAAGCCUUAUAAGUGCUUGGAGUGUGGAAAGUGGUUCAGUCAGCAUAGCCACCUUAUUGUGCAUCAAAGAUGUCACACAGGGGACAAACCUUAUCAAUGCUUGAAGUGUGGAAAGAGCUUCCGUCAGAGAAGCCACCUUACUUCACAUCAAAGAUGUAACACAGGGGACAAACCUUAUAAAUGCUUGGAGUGUGGAAAGAGCUUCAGUCAGAGUAGAGCCUUUACUCAACAUCAAAGAAUUCACAAAGGGGACAAACCUCAUAUAUGUUUGGAGUGUGGAAAGAGCUUCAGAUGGAGUAGCCACCUUAUUUUGCAUCAAAGAACUCACACAGGAGACAAACCUUAUAAAUGCUUGGAGUGUGGAAAGACCUUCAGUCAGAGUAGCCACCUUACUUUGCAUCAAAGUGCUCACACAGGAGACAAACCUUAUAAAUGCUUGGAGUGUGGAAAAAGCUUCAGUCGGAGUAGCACCUUUACUCAACAUCAAAGAACUCACACAGGGGACAAACCUUAUAAAUGCUUCGAGUGUGGAAAGAGCUUCAGUCAGAGUAGCAACCUUACUUCGCAUCAAAGAACUCACACAGGAGACAAACCUUAUAAAUGCUUCGAGUGUGGAAAGAGCUUCAGGUGGAGUAGUGCCCUUACUUUGCAUCACAGAACUCAUACAGGGGACAAACCUUAUAAAUGCUUGGAGUGUGGAAAGAGCUUCAGUUGGAGUAGCACCUUUACUCAACAUCAAAGAACUCACAAAGGGGACAAACCUCAUAUAUGCUUGGUGUGUGGAAAGAGCUUCAGUCAGAGUAGCCACCUUACUUUGCAUCAAAGAACUCACACAGGAGACAAACCUUAUAAAUGCUUCGAGUGUGGAAAGAGCUUCAGGUGGAGUAGUGCCCUUACUUUGCAUCACAGAACUCAUACAGGGGACAAACCUUAUAAAUGCUUGGAGUGUGGAAAGAGCUUCAGUUGGAGUAGCACCUUUACUCAACAUCAAAGAACUCACAAAGGGGACAAACCUCAUAUAUGCUUGGUGUGUGGAAAGAGCUUCAGUCAGAGUAGCCACCUUACUUUGCAUCAAAGAACUCACACAGGAGACAAACCUUAUAAAUGUUUGGAGUGUGGAAAGAGCUUCAGUCAGAGUAGCCACCUUACUUUGCAUCAAAGAACUCACACAGGAGACAAACCUUAUAAAUGCUUGGAGUGUGGAAAGAGCUUCUGUCAGAGUAGCAACCUUACUUUGCAUGAAAGAACUCACACAGGGGACAAACCUUAUCAAUGCUUGAAGUGUGGAAAGAGCUUCAGUCAGAGUAGCAACCUCACUUCGCACCAAAGAAGUCACACAGGGGACAAACCUUAUAAAUGCUUGGAGUGUGGAAAAAGCUUCAGUCGGAGGAGCACCUUUACUCAUCAUCAAAGAACUCACAAAGGGGACAAACCUUAUAAAUGAUUGGAGUGUGGAAAGAGCUUCAGUCAGAGUAGCCACCUUACUUUGCAUCAAAGAUGUCACACAGGGGACAAACCUUAUAAAUGCUUUGAGUGCGGAAAGACCUUUAGUCAAAGUGGCCACCUUACUUUCCAUCAAAGCACUCACACAGGGGACAAACCUUAUAAAUGUUUGGAGUGUGCAAAGAGCUUCAGUCAGAGUGGCCACCUUAUGUUGCAUCACAGAACGCAUACAGGGAACAAACCUUAUACAUGCUUGUAGUGUUGAGAAUGGCUACCUUCAGGCACUUCAAAGGAUCCAUACAAGGGAAGAGAUGUAUAAAUGCUUUGAAUGUGGAAAAUGUUUUAAGCAGAGUUCAACCCUUUCUGUGCAUUAAAGAAUCCAUAUGGGGAAGCUGGGCGACCAACAAGAUUUUUAUGGGAGGUUCAGACCCCCAACAACCUUCUUCUUUUAUCUUAACCACAAACUGUUCCACUUCCCUUCACCUGCUAUUUUGGUGGCCUGUCAGUUUUUCCUUUGCAGAGACAGAGGGGUUUUGGCUUUUCCAGAGAUGGGUGAGCACCCAAGAUGGAUGCUGAGGCCAAGGUGGCUGCAGAAGCCAAAAUGGCCUCUCAGUUUUCCAGUUUUUCCCCAUCAUAUCCCCCCUGGCAGUUUCUAUCUGCCAAAUUCAAUAUUCAGUUAAUGACAUUUCAUGUAUUACUUUAUCUACUUCCUCUAGAUCUUUAUUAUUUUUCAUAAACCUAUACCUGCUUAUAUAAUUCACUAAUAGGCAAAAGACCUUGUGGUUUAAGAAUGUACAUAUAGCCCACAGCUAUUUCUAUCAAACUUUAAAAAGCAGGGAAAUUGGGCAGCUAUAGUGAAUGCACCAGGGGAGCAGGAGACCUGACCUCCUCUCUGAGAUAUUGUCCAGCCCUACAAAUUGGUCAAAAUGCAAAUACAAUUUGGGUUGGUCUUUCACAGUCCAAUCCACUUGCUGUGUAGCUUGGAAGAAUUUGGUAACAUGUGCCUCUGAGCAUAUGGUGAGUGGUGGCAACACCUGCCAUCUCCAAAGAUGGUUAAUUAUAUUUUUGUAUGUUUGUUGGUGUUCUUACUUUGCUUCUUUCCUGUGUUACUAAUGUUUCUACAGAGAAUCUAAUCUAGAAAAUAUUAUUUCUCUCAUUUUUGCUCAUAAGAAAAGCAGGGACAUGCAGACAGGUUAAGGAAUCUAAUAUGGGGGUUGUUGGGGCCUGUGGAUGUUUGUCCCAUAGUCCCAUGAAGGCACCACUUCUUUAGGUCCUGGGUUCAAGGUGUAUAGGGCCUUAAAGGUCAGCACCAGGAUCUUGGGAAUCAGCUGGUGGAAACCAGUGAAGCUCUAUCCAUUUUGGUGAUAGGUGUUCCCUUUGAGCUGCCACAUUCUUGUGGUCUUGCAGCCACAUUCUGUACUAGCCACAGUUUCCAUAGAAUUGUAGACUCAUUGAAUAGGAGAGUUGGAAGGGGGCUGUAAGGGCAUCGAAUCCAACCUCUUGCUCAAUGCAGGAAUCUAAAUUAAAGUUUACCCGGCAGGACAGUGUUGGAGAGCCCACCACAUCCCUAGAUCAUUGGUUCCAUUAUCGUACUGCUCUAACAGUUAGGAAGGUUUUCCUGAUGAUUAACUUUUAAUGCUGUUAUUAACUGGAAGGGUGGUGUUUAGAUUAAUUAUUGAUUGUGGUCCUCAUUGGUUUUUAUAUUGUAUUUUACUGUGUUAUGUAUGUCGCCUAGAGUGGCCGUUAAUUCGGCCAGAUAGGCGACUCAUAAAUAAAAUUUUAUUAUUUAUUGUUAUGUUCAGUUGAAAUCUGACUUCCUGCAUCUUGAGCACAUUAUUCCAUGUUCUGUUUAUUUAUUUAUUUAUUGCACUUAUAUACAGCCCCCAUAGCCAAAGACUGACCCAAAGUUGGAAAUGAGUGCUUAGAAGCAUAGAACAGUAGAGUUGGAAGGGGCCUAUAAGGCCAUCAAGUCCAACCCCCUGCUCAAUGCAGGAAUCCAAAUCGAAGCAUUUCCGACAGAUGGCUGUCCAGCUGCCUCUUGAAGGCCUCCAGUGUCGGAGAGCCCACUACCUCUCUAGGUAAUUGGUUCCAUUGUCGUAUGGCUCUAACAGUUAGGAAGAUUUUCCUUUUUUUUUUUCAAUAAUUUUUAUUCAGAUUUUCAUAAAACAUACAAGACAAAAUCAUAAAACAUUCAAAGACAAAAAACAAAAUCAAAAAUAGUUAAACAAAAAGAAAAAAAGAAAAAAAAAAACAAAAAUAAAAAGUAAAGAGUAAAAUAUUGACUUCCCAUUUGUCAAAGAUCAAAUCAGUUAUAAGUCUAUAAUAUAUAACAAUCCUGUCUCUUAAGUCAUAUUAUAAAAUC